AUCAAGGAAUAGUUUGACUAAUGGGAGUAUUAAUUAGUAUAAACUUCUAUAAAUAGAUCCUAAUUAAACAUUUGUGUUGACUAUCCUUACUAUUCUUAGGAACUAAUCUUGUCAACAUGUCUAUCCUUCUUCUUUACUUCCUUACAAUACUCACAUACGUAUACUUACAUCAUCCAUGGCUAAUUGAAGCUAAAACUCAUCCUAAUGACGGCUUUUCCAUCAACAUAUUCCACCGUUACUCUCCAAAAUCUCCAUUCUACAACUCCUCCAUGUCUCCCAAAGAAGUCUACCACCGAUUAGUCCUUUCCUCGGCUUCAAGGCAUCGACAAAUCAAAUGGCAGCAAAGCAACAUAGGAGUAGUUAAUACUAAUUUAAUUCCUAACGACGGAGAUUACCUCAUGCAAAUCUCUGUUGGUACUCCACCAGUGCAGCUGGUGGCAGCUGUAGUGACAGGAACUGACCUCACAUGGUUUCAGUGCAGACGUUGUGCCCUUUGCUACCAGCAAAACACUACCAAUUUCGACCCUGAAUCUUCUAGAACCUACAUGAACCUUCCUUGUGAUACAGGACAUUGCUCUAAUCUUGAUAAAACACACCUAAACUGUUACCAAAAUGAGAAUUUGUGUAGGUAUUGGUAUACUUAUGGGAAUGCAACAACUGUUACUGGAGGAGUCAUGGGAACUGACACAUUUUCCUUCACUUCAAUGAACGGAUAUGAUCAAUGUGCUGCCUUCCCUUCCAUUGCUUUCGGGUGUGGAUAUCAGCAAGCAGGGGUUUUCGAUACUGACUCAGCCGGCGUUUUAGGACUAGGAAGUGGGCCCGUUUCGCUCGUCUCCCAACUAGGUCCCUCAAUUUCUUACAAAUUCUCCUACUGCUUAGCUUGUGCUGACUCACAAAGUGCAAGUAGGCUGAGAUUUGGAGGAGUUUUUGAGGAUGCAUCAGGAAAUGGAUGUGUGACUACUGCUUUAGUUACCAGAGAUUCUUCAACCUUAUAUAACCUCGAAUUAAUGGGAAUUAGCAUCGGGCAAAUGAGCUUGAACAUGGACAGGGAAAUCAUGAUAGACACUGGUACAACACUUACUUACCUAGACCCGAGCAUCUUCAAUAACCUCGAAGUCAUGGUGAACGGUGUCAUAGGAGCAAUGCCAGUUUCUGAUAAUCCUUUGGCAGAGCCUGUUUUGUGCUAUGAUACAAAUACAGAGUUUUUAACUCCUCCUGACAUAGUAUUUCAUCUUAACGGAGGUGACUUGGUACUGAAGGCGAACAAUAUCUUCUUUGUAGUCGACAAUUACCUUUGCUUGGGAAUUGUUAAGUCGCCUACAGAUGGUGAUCCUAUGGUCCUUGGGAAUAUGGCUCAAGUCAACCUUGAGGUCGGGUUUGAUCUUCUAAGCAAGACAGUCAGCUUUUCUCCUAGAGACUGUUCCCAGUAGAGUAGCUAGCACAGAAUGACUCCCUUUCAAGAUCGAGUUUCUGGUUUCUUUUUUAAAUAAUAUGAUGCUUAGCUGAAAGUCAUCCAUUGUAGUAAUUUUCUGCAUAUAAACAGAGUUGUGAUUAAUAAUCUAUAUUAUAUUACUACUA